AUGUCGUCCCUCAGACUCCUCACCACGGCACCCAAAUCAGACGACUUCACCCCACUACAAGAGCACCAACAGCAGACGCCCUCGACCUUCUUCGGCGCAAAGCCCGUCCUUUACGUCCACCAAACAGGUCUCAACAUCUCCGCUUCAAAGGCCAAACUCCAGUCAGACGAUGCAUUCGCCAAGUUCAGCUCCGAGCCCGAAGGCGCGAGUGAGGAUGAUGUGCUCGUGAGGGACGUCGAGGCGUGGGUAAACUCAGAAAACCUCAUCCUCUUCCAAAAAGCACCAAAUCCCACCGGCGUUUCGAUCCCCUACCCCUCGAUUGCGCUCCACGGCAUCACAAAGAAGAACGGUGUUGAAGCCCUCCUCAUGAACCUCUCCCUCAACGACGCCGAGACCGUAAAUGCAGACGAAGACAUCGACGUCCUCGAAAUCAUCCUCCUCCCGCAUAGCCACCAUGCCGACACCUCGCAGACCUCGCCCGUCCAAGAGAUCUUCGCUGCCAUGAACACAUGCGCGGAUCUGCAUCCUGAUCCGGAAGAUGGUGAGGAGGCUGCACCGGAUCUGAGUGAGCCUGGCGCGACGGGCUGGAUUACUGCGGACAACAUGGACGAAUUUGUGGAUGAGGAUGGCAAUUUCAAGGGGGGUAUGGUUAUUGGCGGCGAGGAGUUGGGACCUGGAGCGGGCACUGUGAGGCCGAGGGAGGGUGAUGAGGAAGAGAGUGCGACCAAUGGCGUGAAUGGUCACGAGGAGAAGUAUCAGAGGACGGGAUAG